CUUCCGCUUUUGCUGUACUGAUUCCUUCUGUCUGUAUACUAGGCCAUGGACGUCAUCUUAAACAUCCAGCGCUAUUCUUUUUAAUGUAAAAAGAUUUACAAGUGGCCAGAGAGAACAGAGGGGCAGGAUCUGGAUCUGUUGCCAUAUCUGGUUGAGGCUUGUAGGCCGGUUAAUGCAUAGAGUAAAGAAGGUUAAACUCGAAGACGAAACUGAAGGUAGUCGGAAAAGGUAUGGUGCAUAUCAUUACUUUUUGGGGGGAAAUGCUUCUUAUUAUCAGGAGUAAUAUCCAGGGAUAUGUGUUUUAUCCCACAGAUCGGCCUGGAAGCAUUGAUCUUAAGUUUGGCAGCUGUCAGGAUGACCGCAGUGGAUGAGCUCUCAGACAGCACUGAGGUGGUGGAGAUGGAGGACGCCCCAAGCCAGUUCUUUGUGGAGAAGCACUCGUGGGACGGCUUGCGCGACAUCAUCCACAGCAGCCGCAAGUACUCAGGGAUGAUCGUCAACAAGGCGCCGCACGACUUCCAGUUUGUACAGAAGAAAGAUGAGUCGGGCCCCCACUCUCAUCGGCUCUACUACCUCGGAAUGCCCUAUGGAAGCAGGGAAAAUUCACUACUUUACUCUGAAAUUCCUAAGAAGAUCAGAAAAGAGGCUCUCUUGGUGCUGUCCUGGAAACAGAUGCUGGAUCACUUUCAGGCCACACCGCAUCAUGGUGUCUAUUCAAGGGAGGAAGAGCUUCUGCGAGAAAGGAAGAGGCUGGGCGUUUUUGGGAUAACUUCGUACGACCACCAUGCAGAGAGUGGGCUUUUCCUCUUCCAAGCUAGCAACAGCCUUUUCUACUGUCGUGAUGGCGGACAUAAUGGCUUUAUUCAGGGAUCCCCAAUGAAGCCAGCGGAGAUAAAGUCUCAGUGCUCAGGGACUCGGAUGGACCCCAAAAUAUGUCCGGGGGAUCCGAGCUUCAUAGCCUUCAUCAACAGCAAUGACCUGUGGGUGGCCAACAUCGAGUCAGGGGAGGAGAAAAGGCUCACCUUCUGUCAUCAAGGUCUGAAUAAUGUAAAGAAUGACCCAAAGUCUGCAGGUGUGGCCACAUUUGUGAUCCAGGAGGAGUUUGACCGCUUCACAGGGUACUGGUGGUGUCCAGCUGCCCCUGAAGACUCGGACAGGUGCAGAACUCUGCAGCUGUUGUACGAGGAGGUGGACGAGUCUGAGGUGGAGAUCAUCCACGUGCCGUCACCGUCCCUGGAGGAGCGCAAAGCAGACGCCUACAGAUAUCCUCGCACUGGCAGUAAAAAUCCCCAAAUCACCCUCAAACUGGCAGAGAUAAAAACUGACCAUCUCGGUAGGAUCGUGAGGACUCAGGACAAAGAGCUGGUCUUGCCCUUCACUACACUGUUUCCUGGUGUGGAGUACAUUGCCCGGGCUGGCUGGACCAGAGAUGGAAAAUUUGCCUGGGCUGUCCUCCUCGAUCGGAGCCAGCAGAGGCUGCAGUUGGUUCUGCUGCCCCCUGCACUCUUCAUUCCUGUCACAGACGAGCCCAUUCAGCGCCAGGAGAAAGUUGAGGCAGUCCCUGAUAGCGUCCACCCCUUCGUUAUCUACGAGGAGGUCACUGAUAUCUGGAUCAAUGUUCAUGACAUUUUCUACCCAUUUAUCCAAACGAAAGACGAUGAGAUCACCUUUCUCUGGGUGAAUGAGUCCAAAACAGGCUUCUGUCAUCUAUACAGAAUCACAUCUGUGUUACAGCCUGGCUGCUACCAGUGGUCCAGAUGUUACACACACACUGAGGGGGAUUUUAAAUGCCCGAUAAAGGAGGAGCUGACCCUCACCAGCGGGGAGUGGGAGGUGCUGGCCCGCCACGGAUCGAAGAUAUGGGUCAACGAAGCCACCAAGCUGGCGUACUUCCAGGGCACAAAAGACACUCCUCUGGAGCAUCACCUGUAUGUGGUCAGCUAUAGCUCACCGGGCGAAGUCGUGAGACUCACCAAGCCCGGCUUCUCGCACACCUGUUCCAUAAGUCCGAACUUCGACAUGUUCAUCAGCCAUUACAGCAACGUCAGCACUCCCCCAUGUGUUCACGUCUAUAAACUCUUGGGCCCCGAUAGUGACCCCUUGCACAAGCAACCUGAAUUCUGGGCCAGCAUGAUGGAAGCCUCAGUUUGCCCUUCAGAUUACAUACCGCCAGAGAUUUUUGAUUUCCCGGGAAAAUCUGGCUUCCAGCUGUACGGAAUGUUGUUCAAGCCUCACAACCUGAUGCCUCACAGGAAACAUCCCACAAUCCUCUUUGUAUACGGCGGACCUCAGGUUCAGCUGGUGAAUAACUCCUUUAAGGGAGUCAAGUAUUUGCGGCUGAACACGCUGGCAUCCUUGGGCUAUGCAGUGGUGGUCAUCGAUGGCAGGGGCUCGUGUCAGAGGGGCUUGAAGUUUGAAGGGGCUCUGAAGAACAGAAUGGGUCAGGUGGAGAUUGAGGACCAGGUGGAAGGCCUUCAGUUUGUUGCAGAGAAGUACAGUUUUGUGGACCUCAGCCGGGUGGCCAUCCAUGGCUGGUCUUACGGGGGCUUCCUGUCCCUCAUGGGUCUCAUCCACAGGCCCAACAUCUUCAAGGUGGCCGUCGCGGGUGCCCCUGUGACCGUCUGGAUGGCGUAUGACACUGGCUACACUGAGCGCUACAUGGACGAACCGCAGAACAAUCAGCAAGGCUACGAGGCGGGCUCCGUGGCCCUGCAUGUGGACAAGCUUCCUAACGAACCCAAUCGUUUACUAAUUUUACAUGGAUUUCUUGAUGAAAAUGUGCACUUUUUCCACACCAAUUUCCUGAUUUCACAACUAAUCCGUGCUGGGAAGCCUUACCAGCUCCAGAUCUACCCCAACGAGCGGCACAGCAUCCGCUGCCCAGAGUCAGGAGAACAUUAUGAGAUUAUGCUGCUGUACUUUCUCCAGCAAUACCUCUGAGGGUCACCCUCGCUGGGCACGGGAAGGGUGGGGAUACCACUGCUCCUUCCCCCUACGCCUGCAGCGCUGCACCUCCUCGUCCCUCCUCCUAACACGGUCCAGGGCCGCAACCGGGUGGCGUCCAGCCGCCCGCUCGUCACCACAAUGCCACGCCCCCCCACUGCGUCACCCUUGUGCUCAUCUCCUGGCAUCUCGCCCCUUUGGUGGAAAGAGGCCUUUUUCUAAGUCUGCCUUCCGAUCCGCCAGAAGACUUUCAAGCCCAGUUUAUAGACUGGAGGAUGAAGAACGAAAGAAGGACAAACACAGUAAUGACUUACUAGUAAUUUAUAAAUUAGAAAUGUGCCACAACUGCUGUCUGGUAUCAUUUCUUGUUUUUUUUUUUUUUGUUUUUUUUUUUGUGGUAACUGGUUUUGUUUUGCUUCCCCGCAUGGUGUCGAGUCGGUCUGCACAGGGGGGCGCGACAGGCAGUCACGCAAACACAAGUACACUCUUGCCAACUUUUCACUUUAUCUGAUAUGUAUCUUUUCCCCUUUUUUUUUAUUGUUUUUUUUUUUUUUUAAAUGUUACGCCUCAAAACACCGUUUUCACAUUCUGUGCGCUAAAUGUUUGGUUGUGGUGGGGUGUGGGUUGGGGCGGUAGUGAAAAUGGUUUAUUAGUGAUUGCAACUGCCAAGUACUACCUGCACCCAGUAUUUUAAGUGUGUAUUAUUAAAAGAAAAUAUUUUUAUGAACUCUUAUUCUUUUAUAAUGAGUAGAAUAUGUAGCAGCUCAUUAAAGUACUGCAGUCGUGCUCUCUUCCCUUCUCUAGUCACCUGCUGCUGAUGCAGCAUUUCAGUCUCUGCACGGGAAUGCAGGCCUGCAUACUAUAGAUGCAUAUUUCCGGCGAUGCAGGCCUGCAUUACUAUAGAUGCAUAUUUCCUGGGUUCCUGGGCCUGACCAUUGGUGCUUGAGUGUUUUAAAAAUUGACCGUGGCUUAACGUUCAAAGAACCAUCAGAGGGAUGAUCCACAAUGCAUGUGCGACUUUUGUCUGUGGCUGCAUGUGAGCGACACGUCGGAUGUUAACGGGAAAAUUACAGAAAAGUUACCUAAAGCAGGCAGCCUUUGCUGCACGAUGCUCUCCUCACAAAUGUUUAUGAAAAUACAAGAUCCUGUUUUGUUUUAUUGCCCUUAUUUUCUUUCCUAGUUCUGCAUGGAUCUCACAGUGCCUUUUAUAGGUGACCUUGAAGCAUGGAUGGUUUUUAUUUCUUAGCGCCUUUGUGCCGUUAAAACACAAGUCUCUGGCUUUGGAGCAUUGCAUUAUGGGCAAAUGGGGAAGCCUCAUUUCGUUACAUUUGUAAAUGUUCUUUUUUUGUCCCCUGACAGAAAGGUCUUUUAUUCUGACUGUUCUUCAUUGUCUUGUGCCUCUGUUGUUCAUGGUAAGCGUGUGUGAAGUCUGUCAUUGCUGCUGUUUGAAUCCUUGGGAAUUAAGAUCAGGGUUGGUUUUAAAAUAAACUGCUAAGGAUGA